ACUACCACACCUACAACCACUUCAGAGACCACUACCGAGCCCACAACCACCACCACACUUACAACCACAUCGGAGACCACUACCGAGUCCACAACCACCACCACACCUUCAACCACUUUGGAGACCUCUACCGAGCCCACAACCACCACAACACCUACAACCACUUUGGAGACCACGACCGAGCCACCAACCACCACCACACCUACAAUCACUUUGGAGACAACAACCGAGCCGCCAACCACCACCACACCUACAACCACUUCGGAGACCACAACCGAGCCGCCAACCACCACUACAACUACAGCCACUUCGGAGACUGCAACCGAGCCCACAACCACCACAACACCUUCAACCACAGCGCUGACAGACCCUUGUGAUGAGUUGGAAUGCACAGCUAGUGAGUGGUGUGGAGAAAGGAAUGGUGUCUAUGGCUGCCUCUGCAGUGAGGAACAUGACAACACUAGUGCUGAAUAUUUUGAUUCCAAGGAAAUUUGUAACGGCAGUUCAGCCACCAUUUCCUUGUCUCGCUGUCAGUUGUUUCAAAGUGGCUUCCCAUCCAAUUCAUUACACCUAAAUGACCCCAAUUGCACUGGAACAGUGCGCGAUGGCAGGGUGGAGUUUCACUUCGACAGUGAUGAUCACAUCUGUGGGACAACGCUCACGAGCAAUGGCACUCACCUCAUCUAUCAGAACACCAUCCAUGGAGAGACCUACCCACAGCAAGCUACCAUUAGACGGGAGAAAAUUCUCAGUGUCACUUUCUACUGUGUAUAUUUACUGUCUCAGUCCUCGUCUAUGUCCGAGGACAUAUAUCCACUGCAGAGCAUUCUGGGGAAGAAUCUACCAGCAGGCAUUAACCGCUACCAAAUGAGGAUGAUUCCUUAUCUUGAUGCACAGUUCCAGCAGCCCUUCACAGGUUCUACAAUGGAGGUGCCUAUUAACCAGCAGGUGUACGUGGCUGUAGAGGUUGAGGGACUGGACGACAGGCAAAUCGCCACAGUGAUUGACUCCUGCUGGGCCACACCCAUUAAUGACCCUCUAAGCAGUGUACGCUGGGACCUUAUUGUGCAGGAGUGCCCCAAUCCUGCUGACGGGACUGUAGAGAUUCUGCAGAAUGGUGUGUCCACCAGUAGCCGUUUCUCAUUCAAGAUGCUGACAUUCACAUCAAACACCACCACCACCGUCUUCCUGCAUUGCCAGAUUCACUUGUGUGUGCUCAGCGGGAACAACUGCUCUACGUCCUGCUAUCCUGGGAAUCAGCAAAGAGUUCGGAGGGCUGUUAAAUUCCGGGACACUUCUUCCAUGUCUAUUGGCCCUUUUGUCUUACAACAGACACAGACAGACAUGAGAGCCCUGGAGCGGAUCUCUGUAGCCGGUGCUCCAGCUUCUCUCAGUUCUCUGCUGCCCCUGAUGCUCUCAGUUGUGGCUGCAGUUGUACUGCAUUAGACCAUCUCAGGAGCAACCAUUCCAUCUCACACUCUUUACUUUGAAGGAAAACCUACAUAGAUCCUCAUCUCACUUCUUUACAGAAGGGCAUUUCUCCACUCUGGAAUUGUUAACAUACAGAUUUUUGUUACUCUGCUUUAAUUUUACCGGGCAAUCGUAAAUC